GCCUAGAUAUUCACAAUGCAACAGAGCUAUUUGAUCCUCCUCGUGGCGCUCAGCUUCCUUCUGGCUGUGGGUGAUGCUGCUUACUGUGGCGGUUGCAUGGAAAGCAAGGUGGCCUGCUAUAACCGCACCCACUACAGGGUGUGCGUCAACAAUGCGCCCAUUGAGGGCGGCGGCCUCCUCUACUGCGGCUCCGGCAAGAUCUGCACCGAUAUGAUGGAUUUCUGCUGGCAAUCGCUCCCUAACGAUGGAAUUGAGCCAGUUUGUGACACGUACAAAGUGAACUGCAGAAAGUGCGAUUACAACCAGAUGUUCGUCUGCACCAGUCGCACCACCUUCCAGUUGUGCUCCGGCUAUGAGAUGAGCCCCCAGGUCAAUUACUGUCCAGAGGGCACCGUCUGCUCCAUCGAUUCCGGCGACUUCUGCGUGAAGCCCUGCAAGCUUCCGUAUGGCAGAUACGAGUGUGAUAGGUUAGAGCCCGUUAAUUAGUUUUUGUCAAUUUCCUAAUGUUUUU